GGCGCCGCCCCCCCGGCGGCCACGUUGACAGGGCGGGCGUGGGCCGUGUUCGCCGGGCCGUGUUGGGGUGCGGGUGCCCGGUGCGGGAGCGGGGCCGCUGCCACAGUAAAAAUGUCUUCGCCUCCCAAAGAGAAAGCAGAGACGCGGGCCGGACACCCUCCUGCUGUGAAAGCCGGUGGGAUGCGGAUUGUGCAGAAACACCCACACAAUUCAGAUGCCAAAGAAGAAAAAGAUAAGGAUGACCAAGACUGGGAAACCAGCAGCCCACCUAAGCCAGCGGUGUUCAUCUCCGGUGUCAUUGCUAGGGGAGAUAAGGACUUCCCUCCAGCUGCGGCUCAGGUGGCUCAUCAGAAACCACAUCCUUCUGUGGAAAAGCUUCCUCACCCACAGCACGUCAAGCAGCACAUCCACCAGCCUCGCAAAUGAGCUCCCCGUCAGCAUCUCUGCCAAACUGCUCUCAGUGAAUAAGUUUUCAAGAGAAGACAAAAGCCCUUUACUGUCAAAUCUGUAAAACUGACAUCUAAAAUAAUGUGCUGUUUCUUUUACUUUAAUUCUCAAGGGUAAAUAAGAAUGAAGGCAUUGUUCAGUUGUUAUCCCAGAUGGAAAAUUCUGUAUUGAGUAUUUGCUGAUCAGGGGUGCUUUUUUACAAGAUUUUCUUACUGUCAAGAUAAAAAUUUUAGUAUGAAUAAUAUGAUUAAUGAGCUUAAAAAAUGUACUUUUAGUUGUGGACUUACAAUAGCAGAUAGUUAAUGUAGUUUUUAAGCUAAGCCAGUAAGGAAGAAGAGCCCUUUUGUACUGGUACCUUUACUGUCGGGAGGGAGUGUGUUGGGUGUGUUAAGACAGAAGUCAGUGGCUGUCUUGAUUAUGUAGAGCCCUUGCAGCCUUCAGUAUCCUGCAGUUACACCCCAGUGCCCUCUGGAUUCAACCAAGGAGAUGAUGCAAGGGCCCCAUAGAUUCUCAAGCGGGCAGAGAUGCAGCUGCAUCUUCUUUACACCCCUUUGCACUCGCACAGUCUUGCUGAGAUUUUUCCCUCUGAUGGUCUGUGGGUAUGGAGAGGAGAGAGAAAUCAGAGUCACAAGAACACUGCUGCUGUAGACAACUCAUUUGUAAUCUCAUGGGUCUCACUGGGGGCUGUAUUUUUGAGGUGAUGAUUUUACAUUCUAAUAACAAGCUGAAGUAGUUCAUGACCCUCUGUAUUGAACUUAAAAUAAGUUGGUGAAAAAUCUGUUUACUAUUUUUUAAUUUAGAAUGAGAUAAUCUUUUGAAAUUAAGAGAUCCCAUUAGUAAAUAUGUUUAUGAGCCAACCUCUUUUGUGCAUCGUAGUUUUUCCUAGUCUUCUUAUUCUGAAGGACACUAGUGAUAUGAGGGAGUAAAAAGAAAGUUAUUUCCAAGUAGAACAAUUGUUUUAUUUUUACCACAUAAUUAAAUAAUUUGAUUUCUCAGUUCAAAGCUACUUGGUUCUGUCAUUUUCCUUCCACAACACACCUCUGUGAAAAACAGGAAAAAAAAAUUAUACAUUUUACCUAUUUUAAGGUGUCCUUCUGUUUUUAACUGAGUACAAAUACAAUACAGCCUUAUGUACCCUCCUAGUUUAGAAAGUUUUCUAUUUUUGAUGUCAAAAAAGUGGGAACUAAUGCUGCAGCCAUUCACCUGGCAAAUCAGUGAAAUUUUAGGGUCACUUGGGGCUUUACCAGUUCUUUUAUGGUUAAAAAAACAUAAAGAUGAGGAAAAUUUAAAAACUGUAUUAAAAAAAAAAAUCUGCAGAUUUAGUAAUUAUUUCCUGAGUAGGUGAUUUAAAACAACAACCAAAUAAUGGGAAGUAUGGCCCAUUUCACAAGUGGAAUAACUCACUCCAUGUGGGUGCGAGGAACCUGACAUUUCCAUCUCUUCAUAGGCUUGAAAUGGAAAUGAUGCAAAUUAUAUGCAUGGACAUAUUUAUCCUAAACCUAAGGAAGGAUGUACAAUCUAUAUAUGCAGUCCUUAUUUUCAGUUUGAUUAGAAACCAUACUUGCCUUAAGGAACGAGGGGUUUUUGUAAGAAUUAUUCUGUAUUAGAGUAUGUGCUAACUUCCCAAAUCUGCUUUCUGUUUCUGAUGUCGGUGCAGAGGCCUUGUUUGUAGCUGCUUGUGAGUGUGCAAAUGAUUCACAGCAAGCAACUCACUCAUAAGGGUAACAUUGUUGAGCCUCUUGGGAUCUCUGCAGGAGGUGAUUUGGUGGCAGGAAUGUUUGCAGACUCGGACAGGAGGCGGCUGUGGUGCAGCUGUGGUUGUCCAUGUGCUGUGUCAGCAGCGGAGCAGAUCAUCGCAGUCACUGCUGGUGCCUGCUGGCCUGAGGGGGAGCUGGGUGGGAUUCAGCUCUGCCUCGUGCUGUGCCUGCAUCUGAGGCAGUGUCUAGAGCCUGCUGUAGUCAGUGGUGGUGCAGUCAGGACAGUCAGCAGAGUUUAGGAUUGGCAUCAUUGGCCGAAGGGAAGGGUCUUUCAGGAUGAGCUGGAUCACUCUUGGCUCCACUGACUGCAGGGAAAACUAAACUUCCGUGUGGAGGCACACAGUGAGGUGGGGCUGGGUACCUCUGCUCCAGGUCUUGUAACAGGUAGAAAUGGUUUUGAAAGCCACGCCACAUCUCCAUUCUGACAGUAAAAGUUAGGAGCAUGGACGCUUUCAGAUUACAAACUACUGCUCCUGGUUGUUAAUGCAAUAUAUACAGCAUAUAUAGACAAUACCUGAUUUUGUCUUUGAUUACUUAGAUAGAUAUAUAAGACUUGUACAAUAAAAUAUGGCUUUUAAGAUUGCUUUAGUGGCUUUUAGAGUGCAGAAAUUCAUACAUGAUUAGAAAAUGUCUCUGUAUGAAGGCGUAUUAUAUAUGGUUGGGAGGUAUCCAUGUUUAUAACGUAGAUGUCCUUACCCCAAAGCAUUACCUUGUCCAAAAUAAUCAUAACUGGUGAACUGGAUUUCUUACUGAUGGUUAUUGAUACUUUUAAAAUAUGUUGCAAUAGCAUGUAAGCACAGGAGAUGUUCAGAUGUUACCUUGAAAUAACUGCAAAAGAAAUUUUCUGUAAUUGUCCAUGUGGCAAUAAUGCAACAAUAAAGCAUGAAGUUGUA